GGUGAUGCUGAGGAAUCCUGCACCUACCUCAGUCCGCGUGUUGUCAUCUUCGAUGCUCUUUUGGCCGAUCUUGAAACCACAACCUUGCACAUCUCCAAGAGACCGGCACUUCUCCCAGACACAGUGAGGACAAGGCCAAUGGACUCAGCCACCAUCUGCAGCCCUGUCCUGCACAGCGAUGGGCACAGGCAGAGCACAGGAGGAUCCCAACCACCACCACCACCAGCCUACACACCUCAGCAGACUGUGAGUGCAGCACAGGCAGCAGAGAAAAAUCGGACAGGCCCUGUCAGUGGAGAAAAAGAUCAUCUGUACAGCACCGUGUGCAAGCCCAAGGCGAGCGAGCAGUCUCCGACUGGCAAUUCGACCAUGGUGGGCGGCGGCCUCUCCGAACUGGAUCGACUCCUCCAGGAGCUGAACACAGCCCAAUUCAACAUCACCGAUGAAAUUCUGGCACAGUUCCCUCCAGGGAAACCAAUUGAGAGUCGGGAUGGAGGGAAGGAGCCAGAGCUGGAGAUGGUCUCCACCCUGCCGGAUGAAGGAACAUUCCGGAAGCAGGUGCCUGAGGAGCGGGCGGCCUUGAAGGAGACGGGGAGUGGACCCCAGCCGGUGAUCACUUGCUCUGUCCCCCAGACACAGCCAAAGACCUCGGCAACAUCAGCCACACUGGAACUUGACAAGUUAAUGGCCUCGCUCUCAGAUUUUCAGCUCCACAGCCAACCCACCCCUCAGCCUGUCACACAGCCGAGCGUGACAGUCGUCUCUCCGGCUCCCUCCAGCGAGACCCCGGCCCCCAUUCCCACCGGGAACCUGGACAACAUGCUGGGAAUGCUCCAGUCCAAUCUCAGCCGGCAGGGGAUCUCUACCGUCACCAAGGGCUCCUGUACGGCCUGCCGGAAACCCAUCGUGGGCCAGGUGGUAACUGCCCUGGGGCAAAUCUGGCACCCAGAGCACUUUGUGUGCACUCACUGCUCCGAGGAGAUCGGGGGUAGUAACUUCUUUGAGAAGGAGGGUCUGCCCUACUGCGAGAAGGAUUACUGGCUCCUGUUCUCCCCCCGAUGUGCCUAUUGCAACGAGCCCAUUAUGGACAAAAUGGUGACUGCUCUGGACCGGAACUGGCACCCCAAUCACUUCUGCUGUGCCAAGUGUGGUCGUGUGUUCGCUGAAGACGGGUUCCACGAACGGGAUGGAAAGCCGUACUGCCGGAAGGAUUUCUACGAGCUCUUUGCCUCGCGUUGCCACGGCUGUGACCAGGCCAUCCUGGAGAACUACAUUUCGGCUCUCAACACCUUGUGGCACCCGGAGUGCUUCGUCUGCCGGGACUGCUACACUCCCUUUGUGAAUGGGAGCUUCUUUGAGCACACGGGCCAGCCUUACUGUGAGAUCCACUACCACAAGAACCGGGGCUCUCUGUGCUCCGGCUGUGAGAAGCCCAUCACCGGCCGCUGCAUCACCGCCAUGGGCAGCAAGUUCCACCCCAAGCACUUUGUCUGUGCCUUCUGUCUCCGCCAGCUCAACAAGGGCACCUUCAAGGAGCAGAAUGACAAGCCCUACUGUCACCCCUGCUUCACCAAGCUCUUCGGCUAGGCCCCAGCCUCCCCUCGGGAGACCCGCCCUCCUCCCCUCCGCCUCUCCGAGGCCCCAGCCUCCCCUCGGGAGACCCUCCCUCCUCCCCUCCGCCUCUCCGAGGCUCCAGCCUCCCCUCCGCCAGACCCUCCCUCCUCC